UUUUUUUUUUUUUUUUGUUAAAUAAGACAUCGCAUUGAAAAAAAAUCUCUUUUGCCCAAUAACGACAACAAAACUAAAUUCAUCCUAUGUCAAGCGACGAACGAACCAUAAAAGAGAUAUACGCAUCAAUCAUUGGGGAAGUUACUGCAACAACUUUUAGAGGAAGGAAUAAGUACUUUGGUAAAAUUGUCAGAAAGUUGUUAGGAGUAAUCUUCCCUGGUGAAGCAGGUCCUCUUACUAUGUCUCCACACACUCGUAGAAUAGCUCUAUCGAUUGAUACUUCUCUCACCAACAAUCUGUCGAAUAUAAUUAUACGUGCUCUUUCUUCUAGUGACUUCACUGCUCCCAAAGCCAUGGAGAUCAUCUGUUACGAUAUCCACGAUGUAUCAGAAGAAAUUGUUCAACAAUAUAUUGAUGACAUCGAUUUAAUAAUAGCAAAAAAUGAAGAAUAUGAAAAACAAAAGCGCCUGAUUUCAGCGAAUAUUAUGCUCAACACAAUUGAUCAUAUUGCUCGGGCCCUUAAUGAUGCUGUAUUACAAUUCUAUGAGACUAACUAUAUUCAAGAUGAACGUUUUCCUUCAGGCUGUGAUGAUUCUGCAUACGCUUUUAUCUCUAAUUUCACAGACGACAUGUUUCAAGAGUAUUUCAAGCAUCAUUAUGAUCCCACUGUAAUGGCAAACAUAGAUAUUGACAAUGAGCCAAACUUUAGUGACGAAGAAGCCUGAUUUGCACGUAUGCGAGUAAAGAGGAUGGGGAUAGGAAGAGUAUAGUUGAUAACUAUUCAAGGGCUGUUAUAUACACUUUUUUUU